AUGUCUCCACAGGGCGAGCGCGCACCGUUGCUACAACAGCGAUGGAGUGAAGAAGGCGAGCCGCGAACACAUCUUCGCAUCGAGGACCUUUCCAACGACGAAAACCCACGAACAUGGGCGCGAUGGCGGAAGAUGGCCAACGUGGCUGUCAUAGCCCUCAUGUCCAUUCUCAGCCCCCUCGUGUCCUCCAUGUUCACGCCCGGCAUUGCGCAAAUCGCCGAUGACCUCAAGUGUAGCACGACUGCCGUUAUUGGAACAACAACUGGCUUCGUAGUCAUGCUCGGAAUCGGCCCCUUGAUCCUUGCUCCCUUGUCCGAGACGUUUGGACGCAGAAGAAUCUACCUCGUGUGCUUCUCCGUGUUCGCUUUGCUACAGAUACCCGCUGCACUCGCGCCCAACAUCGCCUUCCUCAUCACAGUACGGAGCAUUGCAGGUUUCUUUGGGAGCGUCGGCAUAGCGAAUGGCGGAGGCACCAUAAGUGAUAUGUUCAUACCAAGUGAACGAGCAGGAGUAUUUGGCUGGUAUCUACUAGGCCCGUUACUUGGACCUACCCUAGGACCAUUGUUUGGUGGCAUCAUCGUACAGCGCUUGGGCUGGCGCUGGGUCUUCUGGAUCAUGACCAUCGUGUGCUUCGUCAACACCUUGGCUGGUUACUUCUUCCUUCGAGAGACUUAUGCGCCGUUAAUCCUGAAUUCCAAGAAGGCCGAGUUUGAGUCUCAGAGCUCCGAGUUCGACGGCACGAAAUACUCCUACGAGGGCGAAGAUACACGACCGCUGAAAGAAAAGCUUACCCAAGCUCUCAAACGCCCACCCAAGAUCUUCGCUCAACCCAUCGUGGCCGUCAUGGCUGUAUAUCAGGCGCUCAUCUUCGGUACAACCUACAGCAUCUAUACAAAUAUGCAGCCGAUUUACCAAGACGAUUACGGUUUCUCCACCGAGAAGGUUGGAUUGCUAUAUCUGGGUCCCGGCCUUGGUUUUCUUUUCGCUGUCUGGUUUCUGGUUCCGCGAAUCGAUACCGUAUACAAGAAUCUCACGGCCAAGAAUCUCGAAAAGGCACGGCCCGAGUUUCGCCUCCCACUCGCGAACAUUGGCUCUGUUUUCAUCCCCGUUUCGCUCUUUUGGUUCGCUUGGACUGUGGAGAAGCACGCGCACUGGUUCGCAUCUAUAUCAGCAACCUUCUUCUAUGGCAUCGGACAGGUCAUGAUCCUGAACAGCACGCAAAACUACUUCAUCGACAGCUUCGAGAAGUACGCGGCCAGCGCAAUCGCUGCUGGUACCGUUUUCCGCAGCGUUGUCGGUGGUGUCAUCCCAAUCUUUGCGCCUAUGCUCUUCGAGAAGCUAGGAUAUGGUUGGGGCAUCAGCACGUUUGCGUUUGUCAGUUUGGUUCUUGCACCCGCUCCAAUCUUGUUCUUUAUCUUUGGCGAGAGGCUUCGGGAACGGUUCCCGGUUGAUUUGUAA